AAAGCACUUAAAUUCAGACUCGCACUGGAUAACUGCUACUGAAGCAUUUGCUUCCAAAUUGUGGAACUGGAAUAUAUGAAUUUAUAUACUUUCAGGAAUAUCUAAUAUGUUGCUCCUCAUCAAUGCCAUUCUCAGCUUGUGGGUUUCCUCUGCUGAGGGAAAAGAAGUAACAUGUGAUCCUCCUCAUGUUGCAAAUGGUUUCUUCACACCUGAAAGGACUAUAUACAGAAGUGAAGAUAAAAUCACCUACCACUGUACAACUGGCUUUUAUCCUUCAACCCAGGGAAAUACAGCAAUAUGUACUGGCAGUGGCUGGGUACCUGUUCCAAGAUGUGCUUUGAAACCCUGUGAUUUUCCACAUAUAAAACAUGGAUAUCUAUAUAAUGAAGGCUAUUAUAGACCAUACUUUCCAGUACAUAUAGGAAAAUAUUACUAUUACUACUGUGAUCAGAAUUUUUGGACUCCUACACGACACAACGGUGGUUACAUUACAUGCACAAAAGAAGGAUGGUCACCAGCAGUAACAUGCUGCCGACAAUGCUAUUUCUACUCUAUUGAAAAUGGACGUGCUUCAAAUGAAAGCUACACAUAUUUAGAGAAUGAAUUCAUAAAUAUUGUGUGCAAUCCUGGCUACAGUCUUCCAAAUGAACAGACCAAAAUUACAUGUACAGAGAAUGACUGGUCCCCUACUCCCAGAUGCAUCCGUGUCAAAGUAACAUGUGAUCCUCCUCAUGUUGCAAAUGGUUUCUUCACACCUGAAAGGACUCUACACAGAAGCGAAGAUAAAAUCACCUACCACUGUAAAACUGGCUUUUAUCCUUCAACCCAGGGAAAUACAGCAGUAUGUACUGAUAGUGGUUGGGUACCUGUUCCAAGAUGUGGUUUGAAACGCUGUGAUUUUCCACAUAUAAAACAUGGAUAUCUAUAUAGUGAAGGCUAUUAUAGACCAUACUUUCCAGUAUAUAUAGGAAAAUAUUACUAUUACUACUGUGAUCAGAAUUUUUUGACUCCUACACGACACAACGGUGGUUACAUUGCAUGCAGAAAAGAAGGAUGGUCACCAGCAGUACCAUGCUGCCGACAAUGCUAUUUCUAUUCUAUUGAAAAAGGACAUGCUUCAAAUGAAAGCUACACAUAUUUAGAGAAUGAAUUCAUAAAUGUUGUGUGCAAUCCUGGCUACAGUCUUCCAAAUGAACAGACCAAAAUUACAUGUACAGACAAUGACUGGUCCCCUACUCCCAGAUGCAUCCAUGUCAAAACAUGUUCCAAAUCAGAUAUAAAUAUUGAGAAUGGGUUUAUUUCUGAACCUGAAUAUACAAAUCCCUUAAAUAAACAAAUGCAAUAUAAGUGUCAAGAAGGAUAUGUAACACCAGAAGGUACAACCUCAGGAUCAAUUACAUGUUUACAAAGUGGAUGGUCAGCUCAACCCACAUGCAUUGAUUCUAAAGAAAAAUGUGGGCCCCCUCCAGCUAUUGACAAUGGAGAUUUAACCUCAUUCCCACAAGCAGUGUAUGCUCUAGGAUCAGCAGUGGAGUAUCAAUGCCAGGCCUACUAUGUGCUUCAGGGUGACGCACGUGUGACAUGUAGAAACAGAGAGUGGUCAGAGCCACCAAGAUGCUCAGAGGCAUGUAUAAUAUCAGAAGAUAUCAUGAAUGAACAUAACAUAGAGUUAAAAUGGACAAAUGACAAAAAACUGUAUGUCAAAACAGGUGAUAGUAUUGAAUUCAGGUGUAAAAAUGGAUAUAACCCAAAGACACCAACAUCUUCUUUUGAAACAAAAUGUCAGGAAGGAGCAGUGAUAUAUCCCAGUUGUGCAUAAAAUUUGGCUUACUGCAUUCAUGUAAUGAAAAUACAUGCAUUUAUUCUGAAUUUUGGAAUAUUAAUCCAAUUCAACUCUAUUUUAUUUUCUGUGUUGACUCAUUUUUAUUCAUAUCAGAAUUUUGUUAAAUAUUAAGUGAAUUAUGUAAUCAGAGAGUCCAGUGUCUCACUUCCUAAGUGUACUGAAGAUGAUGCCUCCCCAAAUCUUGGAUCAUCACUAGGCACAGCCUAAUGCAUAUACACCCUGAACCAGCUGUGAAGGAAAAGAGAGUUUAUUCACACUGGUGGGAGGAAAAGGUAAACUUCCCAAAUCUGCCUCUCCAUAGUAAUUUUUUGCUUGGCUUUUACACACAUUAGAGAUACAGAAGACAAUCAUCUUGAAUAACAAGUAGCAGCAGUCUGAAGAACUUCAUUAGUUCUUUAUCUCACUUACUUUCUACUUCUUUUAGGAUUUAUGUCCUCUGAGAUAUCUGAGGCAUGGUGCCUCCAAGUCUGGGGAGAGAUGAAAGUCUAUUCUUGCCCGGGUGCAUAUUUUACAUACUGCUCCUCUGUGAAAGUAAAACUCAAAUUCACAGCUUGCUUACAGUUUUAAUGUUACAUGUAAAAUGCUAACACUACAGUACCACAUUAAAACUUGGCAAACAAUAAUGCUAUGUGUCCUAUUCAUGAAAUAUCUCUUGCAAGAAAUUAAGUGCACACACUUCAAAGUUUGUUUGUGUCCAUCACUCUCCUAAUUCUCUCAAAAGAUUUCUCCAUAACUUCAGAGGCUUUCUGAGACUAUUUCAGAAAGAAUGGAAAAGAUAGGGUCACCAUCUUCAAAAUCAUAUCACUUCAUAAACAUAGAAGGCCAACUGUUGAUAGCUUAUCCAGUUAACAUGAUAUUUGUAAUUGCUUGUCUGUUCCUAAUAUUAGCUUACUUAAUAAAUAUAAAUUUGAUAUAAAUAUA